AUGUCUACCAACUUUAACUACGAUUACACCAGUACUUUGACUGAUGAAUUUGGCCAUCCAGUUGCUGAUAACAACAAUUCCCUCACAGCUGGCAAUAAUGGACCAAUCCUUUUGCAAGAUACUUAUUUGAUCAGCAAAUUGGCCCACUUUGAUCGUGAAAGAAUCCCAGAAAGAGUUGUUCACGCAAAGGGUGCUGGUGCUCAUGGUUAUUUUGAAGUCACUCAUGAUAUCACUAAAUUCACCAAGGCUGCAUUCUUGAAUCGUGUUGGUAAGAGAACUCCAGUUUUUGCUCGUUUUUCCACUGUUGGUGGUGAAAAGGGUAGUGCCGAUUCUGAUAGAGAUCCAAGAGGUUUUGCUGUUAAAUUCUAUACUGAAGAAGGAAAUUAUGAUUUUGUUGGUAAUAAUACUCCAGUUUUCUUCAUUCGUGACACUAUUAAAUUCCCAGAUUUUAUCCAUACCCAAAAGAGAAAUCCACAAUCAAACUUGAAGGAUCCUGAUGCAUUCUGGGACUUUUUGAGUUUGACUCCAGAAUCAGUUCACCAACUUACUGUUUUGUUCAGUGAUAGAGGUACACCAUUUUCUUAUCGUCACAUGAACGGUUAUUCUGGUCACACUUUCAAAUUGGUUAACUCACAAGGUGAAGCUUUCUGGGCUAAGAUUCACUUCAAGACUGAACAAGGUAUUAAGAAUUUGACUGUUGAAGAAGCCACUCGUUUGGCUGGUGAAGAUCCAGAUCAUGCUACUCGUGAUUUGUUCAACUCAAUUAAGCAAGGAAGCAGCCCAGCUUGGAAGGUUUAUUUCCAAAUUAUGCCAGUUGAUGAUGCUGCCAAGUACAAAGUUGAUGUUUUUGAUAUUACUAAGGUUUGGGCACACAAGGAUUAUCCACUCAUUCCAGUUGGUAGAAUGGUUUUGAAUCGUAAUCCAAACAAUUACUUUGCCGAAACUGAACAAUCUGCAUUCUCUCCAUCUAACUUGGUUCCUGGUAUUGAACCAUCCCUUGACAAGAUGCUCCAAGGUAGACUUUUCUCUUAUCCAGAUACUCACAGACAUAGAUUGGGCGCUAACUAUGCUCAAAUUCCAAUUAAUGCUCCACUUAAGGCUAAAUUGAACUGUCAAUUCAGAGAUGGUUCCAUGACUGUCAAUGGUAACGGUGGUUCUGCUCCAAACUAUGAACCAAACACAUUCGGUGGUCCAUAUGAAGCUAAGCAAUUGAUUGAACACCCAACUAAGGUUCAAGGUGCCAUUACUCGUUCCAAGCCAAAUCAUCCAAAUGAUGACUACGUCCAAGCUGGUACUUUGUAUCGUGAAGUUAUGACUGAAUAUGAUCGUUCUAGACUUGUUCACAAUAUUGCUUUGCACUUGAAGAAUGCCAAGAAGGAAAUUCAAUUGAGACAAUUACAAAUCUUCUAUAAGGCUGAUAAGGAUUAUGGUCGUAGAAUUGCUGAAUUGUUGGGCUUGCAAAACUUGUAAAAUAAAACUAUUUAUUAAUCUAAAAAUGGUUCAAUAAAGCAAAAGGUGAACAUGG